AAGAACAAUUUUGCAACAGAAAUGUGGUGUAUGUGGCAAUCAGUACACAACAACUCAGUUAACAUCGAAAAUGAGACCAGAUGUGCAAGAAUAUUUUACUUCACCAGAUGAAUUUCUAAAUAAACUGAUUCAAAUACUUGCGUUUCAAAAUGGGCACCGUAUGCGCAUGAUUGCUCAUCUUAAAGCUCUGGAUCUUAAGUAUAAAGCAGCAAAACAAGAAAUCAAACGACUGCAUGAUAUCAUACGAUCAUUCCAGAAAAAGCUGAGUAAUAUGGAAAAACAUAUUGAGCAACUGAAACAUGGAAGCCCUACAUCUCCUACUCAUUCCACAUCCCAGUCUUCACUUUCUGCAACUACUCCACAGCAAAGAUAUUCUCAGCCAGUACAGGCAUCACAGCUACAGAGAACCCUCAUGACAACCAACAGGAUUUCUCUUCCACGAAAUUUGUCUCCAAACACGUCAUUGCCUGAGUUUUCACCUUAUAGAAUUGGUACACUUACAACAUCCACGCCAGUCAGCAGAAUCAACUGUGGUUCUGCAACCAGGAACUCAGGUCAUGGACAUGGAGUUUUUAAAUCCCCUGUGUCACCUGUUUCUCCUUCAGAUUUUUCUACACAAUACAGAAAACCAGGACAUUAUUCGUCUCAGUCAACGACUCCUGGAACACCAAAAACUCCAUCCACUCCAGGAUAUUCCCCACAUCUGCCCGAGCCUGCUAAUCUUAUGAACAGGAUGGAUCACAUGACAGAAGUGACAUUGAGUCAGAACACUCUGCUGAAUGCCUUAAAUAAUCCAAAAAGAAUAUCUCCUCUACAAACUAGAAUAUCUCCACAGCAAACUAGAAUAUCCCCACAUCAGACUAUGAGAAUAUCACCCUUGCAAAGUCUCAAUGCUAAAGGAAGCCAGUCAAGUAUUUAUUCAAGCCAAAAUGUUUCACAGAGGUCACACAGGGGAAGCAAUUGCUCAUAGACAACAUGAUCAAGUUACAGGGUUCCUAAUGUUGUGAUUAUGAUGAGCCAACUUCGUAUGAAUGGUAUGCAGCUUCUGAAGCAUCUGGGUUAGUUACAAGAAGUUUGGUGAUACAACCUAAUUUCCAUUCCAAUACAUGCAACAAUUGUCAUUUUAUUUCAAAGACAGUCACAUCAGUUGUAAUGGUACAUUUGGGCACUUCACAUACACAUUGUGAACUGUCCAAUGUGAUGUAUACCAUAAUAUAUGUGCAAUGACACAUUGUAAGCAAAAGAUAACAGAACACGCGUUUUAUGAGAAGCGUUGUUCUCCAAUAUUUAUUUGUCUUCCUUUUGUAAUGGGAAUUCUGCAAUGGCAUCCAUA